AUGGAGAGUGGCUUGGCAAGCUCCUCCGCACUCUUGGGUGGCCAAGGGACUCUCUCAACCACUGUCCUGAACAGGCUGAAUGCCACUUCUUCAGGAGGCUCAAAUGAUGUGAGCCUGGAGGAACCAAAGAAGAUGACAAGGGAAGACUGGAGGAAAAAGAAGGAAUUAGAAGAACAAAGAAAACUAGGAAAUGCACCUGCUGAAGUGGAUGAAGAAGGAAAAGAUAUCAAUCCUCAUAUUCCUCAGUACAUAUCCUCAGUACCAUGGUACAUAGAUCCCUCUAAAAGACCUACACUAAAGCAUCAGAGACCUCAGCCAGAGAAGCAGAAACAGUAUAGCUCCUCCGGAGAUUGGUACAAACGAGGAGUUCAAGAGCAUGCUAUAGCAACUAGAUACCGUAAGGGAGCUUGUGAGAACUGUGGUGCAUUGACACACAAAAAGAAAGACUGCAUGGAGAGACCCAGGAAAGUUGGAGCAAAAUACACAGGCAUGAAUAUUGCACCAGAUGAACAUGUGCAACCUCAACUGAUGUUUGAUUAUGAUGGAAAGCGAGAUCGUUGGAAUGGUUAUAACCCAGAAGAGCACAUGAAGAUUGUAGAGGAAUAUUCCAAGGUUGAUUUGGCCAAACGUACACUGAAAGCCCAGAAGCUUCAGGAAGAGUUAGCAUCAGGAAAGCUGGAGCAAGUGAACUCCCCAAGACACCAGUGGGGAGAAGAGGAACCAAAUUCACAGACAGAAAGAGAUCAUAACAGUGAAGAUGAAGAUGAAGAUAAAUAUGCAGAUGACAUUGAUAUGCCUGGGCAGAACUUUGACUCUAAAAGACGUAUCACAGUUCGAAAUUUACGUAUUCGGGAAGAUAUUGCAAAAUACUUGAGGAAUCUAGAUCCAAACUCUGCUUAUUAUGAUCCCAAAACAAGAGCAAUGAGGGAGAACCCGUAUGCCAAUACAGGCAAGAAUCCGGAUGAAGUUGGUUAUGCAGGUGACAACUUUGUUCGCUACACUGGAGAUACCAUUUCAAUGGCACAGACUCAGUUGUUCGCUUGGGAGGCUUAUGACAAAGGCUCCGAAGUUCAUCUUCAAGCAGACCCUACAAAAUUAGAGCUACUUUAUAAAUCCUUCAAAGUGAAAAAAGAAGAUUUCAAGGCGCAGCAGAAAGAAAGCAUCCUAGAGAAGUAUGGAGGACAAGAACAUCUAGAUGCCCCACCAGCUGAACUGCUGUUAGCUCAAACAGAAGAUUACGUGGAGUACUCUAGACAUGGAACAGUCAUCAAAGGACAAGAGAAAGCUAUUGCUUGCUCUAAAUAUGAAGAGGAUGUAAAGAUCAACAACCAUACAUGCAUUUGGGGUUCAUACUGGAAAGAAGGCAAGUGGGGUUACAAAUGCUGCCAUUCAUUUGUCAAGUACUCAUACUGUACAGGAGAAGCUGGGAAAGAAAUUGCUAAUGCUGAAGCAAGCUUACUGGAAGAGCAACCCAGUGAGGAAGAACACAUGACAAAACCCAAAACACUGAUGGAGAUCCACCAAGAGAAACAGAAAGAGAAGAAAAAGAAGAAGCACAAGAAGAGCUCAAAUUCAGAUAGUGAGGGUGAAGAGAAAAAGAAGCAAGAAAAACUUAAAAAGGCACUAAAUGCAGAAGAGGCUCGUCUUCUCCACGUAAAAGAAAUCAUGCAGUUAGAUGAGAGGAAGAGACAAUACAACAGCCUAUAUGAAACCAGGGAGCCAACAGAAGAAGAAAUGGAAGCCUAUAGAAUGAAACGUCAGAGACCUGAUGAUCCCAUGGCCUCUUUUCUUGGACAGUAGUCAUGGCAAAAAUUAUUCCAAUACACAAGACUUUUUUUUCAUACUUAUUUACAACUCUGUAGACGCUUGCUUACCUUCCACGUGUCUAAUAAGAGCCAGAAAUAGCAGAGGCCUUUUUUUGCACCAGAGAAGUUGGUGAAAACUUCUUUCGACAGACACAAGCAGUCCAAUGCUUACAGCAAUUUUAUAUAUGUGUGUAUGUAUACAUAUACGGUCACAAAUAUAUAUACACACAUAUAUAUAAAAUUGCAUGGAUAUAUAAAAUACAUACACCUACUCUGUAUAUUCUUUAUUGGAAGAGAAAAAAGAUCUGAUACUGACUGCAAUUCUAGGUUCAUUUGUCCAACUAAUAUAUGCAUAAAGUCAUAUAAUUCAGUAAAACUGACUGCUCAAAAGAAAUGGUCAGCAGGUGUUACUUAAUAUAGAACAAAAAUUGUUGGGAAAAAAUUGGAUACAGCUACUGAAGCCUCUCAUUUGUAAAGGGAGUUGCCUGUCACAUGCUUUAAAAGGAGAAAUAGUUUCUUUCUUGAUCACUUUGUAGUAAGUAUUUUGGAAAUGUAAAAAUUGAUUGUUUUGUACAGUUUUGGUUAAAUUAAUAUAAAGAUCUUAAAUGCUGUCCAGCCUUUUUAAUGAAGAGGUUAGGAGAAGCCAACUGUAGAGCUUUUAAAUUCUAAUUCUGUUUCUGCAGAUGUUAACAUAUA